AACAUUGGCACCACUGUGACGUUUAAUCCCCUAGUCCCCACCUCAUCAUGUAUUUAAAUUUUUAAAUCUUGUAACGAAUUUAAAGCAACAAACAUUAAUUGAAAAAAUAAAAAACAGCCCCACAAUGAAACCAGAAAAACCCAGACGCUGCUCUUUGUUUAGACGCAACAGCGGAAAUCCGAGUUACAGCGACAAAUUGAAAGCCGAGAUCCAAAACUACCUAGAAUUUUUAGAGAAGAAGCAAGACGAAAGUGUGACGUCGCCGGAGCCCCGUCAAGCGGUUGUCUUAUCCGAAAACAAGAAAAACUUCCUGACGUCACUCCCCAGCGUGGAGUGCUAUGUUGAAGUAAUGACGCAAUUUUUGGAUCAGCACAACGCGCAGUGCCAAAAAAAGAAGGAAAUGAAGACUGUGUUGCAAAACCAACUAGAACUUAUAUAGUUUGACGAUAUUUUGUUUUAACAUGAUAAUUAUAAAGUCUAUAAAAAUAGUAUAACAGAACAAGUUAGGUGGAUGUGUGGCAUUCUGCAUGGAUACUCGCUGUCACUACUUCGUGACAGUCUAAGGCACUUCUGGAAGCAGCGGAACUCUCUAGGGCUGGAGUGGAUUCUCCGUCUCUGCUAGUUGGGUAGUUUUCUGCAAAGAAAAUUCUAAGUACGGGAUUACGACAGUUGAAGGACUCACAAUAAGCGAGGACUGGGUAUCAGAGUCAGGAUCAGGAUCAGGAUCUGGAAAGUCAUCAGGACUUUUUUUUUAGUAUUAUAUCAAACUUACCUGGUUCUCCACAUUUUUGCAUGCACCACGUAUCCCUAAUAAUUUGACAAUUUUGUAAAUUAAUCUUCAUAAACAUCUGCCCGAAUACAAAGUACCCCACCCCGCCUCCCACGACGGCAGAAAUUAGCACCCAUCCAUUGUACCCCAUUACUGAAAGCAUCAAAAUGUAUCCGAGGUUUUGUAAGGAGAACCAUAGCGAAAUUUCCGUUCCAAAUAGAAACGUUCUACAAGUAAACCACUGUAA